AUGAUGUCCAAACCCAAUGCCCAAUAUGACUGGAAUACAUACAUGCCCAAGAUGGUGGAGUUGUAUGAGACCGGAAUGUCAAUACCGAAUAUUCGCGCCCAGAUAUUAGAUCCUGCAAAUGGAUUCAAGCCAUCCCUGAGCAGCCUGUAUUCGAAGUUCAGGGACGAAGGGUUCCCUACAAAGUAUACGCGAGCUUCCCGUCUUCAGCCAGCCAAAACCUCCAUGGGGACUGCCACAGUUGCAGGCAACGAAUACAGCAGAACUCUUCAGGUCCCUACACUAUGUUCAACAACGAACGUCCAGGGCGCCCUGGACUUCCAGAACACCUAUACUCAUAAAGGGAUAGACAUCACGUCGCGUUAUCAUCCUGGCUUUGGAGAUGUCCAAAAUCAGGUCCCGCUAAAUGAAUCGAGUGUGAGCCACGGAAUGGACGGAAUGGGAGUAAACACUUGGGAUAAUGGUGUUCGAGACUCUGGGCCGGUUGCAACAAACUAUUUUCACGUGCCUUGGUCGGAUACGACGCUGGAGGAUGUGUUUGGGGCACCAGAAGUAAACCCCGAUCCCUGGGUAGCACAGGCACCGUACUCGACGUUGAAUGUCCCUCGUUCAAACCCUGGAUCGGUAGCUCUGUCAGAGGCGGAUACAAGCCGAUGGUCGAUGGAUAGUGAUUUGGAUAUUGGAGACAAACUUGGUCCUUCUUCCAAGAACAACGACUACCUGUCCCAAAUGCCAACGACGAACCAGAAACGGCAGCACCCACUCGACAAUACCUCCCUACCAGAUCGAUCCUCCAAGCGAAACUCAAGUCCCGUCACUGAAUCCUCCACCUCUCGUCCUGUGUCAUGGACCAAGCGAGGCUUCAACCGCUCUGUGUCUCCUGACAAUCGACUCUCGGGUUCUCCAAGAGAUUCGGGCUAUGCGAGUGGCAGGAGCUCGCUCUUGGUUCCCAUCGCUGAAGACACACCCCCACACCCAGACUCUUUGAAGGAAUUUGAUGGUAUGCAUCGCGUGCCAUGUCACGAUCUUCAUGAGCCUCAACCGCCAUCGAGUACUAGUUCCAAGAACUUUGCUACAUGUGGUCACUGUUUGUUCUCUGGCAUUCACAGUCUCAGUUGGGCUUCCCGGAACAUGACCGCACAUGAGUUCAGAGAGGAAAUCAGAAGUGAUCAUGUUGAUUCCUCUGCCGUGGACGCUGCUGGAAACACAGCGCUUCACUAUGCUGCUGCUGGAGGUGCAAGUUACGAGCAUUUGUCAGCACUCAUUGAUAUUGGUGUCGACCCAUAUCGUAUCAACACUCUCGGGCAACUUUUUCUUCACUAUAUUGUGCCCAGCCAAGAGUUACACGUCUCACUCUUUAGCCUCGAAAUGGUCAAUUUCUUGAACUCGUUAGGGUCAAAGGGAGCGGUUACUGCUCUUCGAUGGCGAGAUAACGAGGGGAAGACGGUUCUGGAUGCUAUUGCAGCCCAGAUGAAAGACCGUGAAGGAACUACGCAGAUCUUUCAACCCGUGAAGGACGCAUUCUUUCCGUUAGAGAAGCCGCUGCAGAUCGGAACGCACCUUCAAAGCCAGAGACCACACUGGCAACAGUCGAAGUCUGGACGUGAUCAGGACAUUGCUACCUUGAAUGAUUUUACCAUGCACCAGACUCGACAAGAUCAAGCGUACAAGAUUCUUGGAAGGGCUUCCAUUGAGCCGUCUUAUGUUGACCCAGACACCGGUGAUAACAUCCUUCACGCACUUUCUCGCCUUCGCCUCCCCGAGAGUGGGUCCCUUCUGGAGAAGAUUCGUGAUUUCGUAUCGAAAGAUAUUGACCUGAAUGUGCAUAACAAGGAGAGAGACUCUCCUCUAACAGCAUUCAUUCGGGAACGACCGUUCCUCGGGGUAGAGAGUGACGAGACUGGAGCAACCAUGUCGAAAUAUCUCGAUGCGCUACUCUGGAAAGAUACACGACGUCGUGUUCCUAACAAGAUCAACGUGAACAUGAAGAACCGAGAAGGUGCAACUGCGCUCUACUACGCAGCAGUUAGAGCUCGCCCAGAUUCUGUUCGAAGUCUGAUUGAGGCUGGUGCAAAUGUUAAUGCGAGAAUCACUGUGGAUGGGCAGUUAAUUAGUGUUCUCCAGGCAACGCUGAACGUCAAAACGAAAGCCGUAUAUGCCAAGAACGAACUCAAGAUUCACCUGUUUGACAACGUGAUUUCUUACCUUGAGCAUGACGGAGCUGUGACCGAUCCAACGGUUAUGCUUGAGCGAGGACUUUGUGAAAACUCUAUUACGAUAAUGCCAAAGUAA